AUGGAUGCAGAUGGAGGGGAUGGAGGCCUUGAGAUUAAAAUCGCUUCAGCGGAACUUUACGACUCGUCCCGGGCAAAAAUCGACGCCAACCUACGCUGGCUCUUUGCCAAAGCUUAUGGUGAAGAUCAUGUCCCGGAUGAUUUGAGAGACCCAUUCUAUGUGGAUCAGUAUGGUGUUGAGCACAUUAAGCCUCCCGUGCUGGAGCUUCUGCUCUCGGCUGAGCUCUACUCGCGCGUGUGUGCCUUCCUCUCGCUGGGCGAGCAGUCGACCACGCGCCACACGCAUCACUCGGUCCUGCAGGUGCUCGCCCGUCACUCCAUCCAUGUCCUGGAGCCUGACGGCACGCCUGUUACACACCACGACCUCAUCUCCGCCCCCAUCAGGAUGGUGAGGGUGUUUGAGUGCUGACCCUUGACCUUUUGCCAAAUGGAUCUGUGCAUAAUGAUUGGUGUGUGUGUGUGUGUGUGUGUGUGUGAGUAUGUGUG